CUCUCUUUUGAGGCAUGUUUGUUCCAUUUUUGUUUUCUAUUUGCGGGUUGUAAUCUUGGCAGCGGUCCUUAGAUGCUUCUCCACUACUUUGUGCUUUCUUACAAAACAGAUCGAUUCUGUUCGGAGCUGCUGUCCGUUCCUGUAGGGCAGCAGGAAAAUAAUGGUGUGGAAGAAGGGGUUUCAUGGAUGAUACUAUUUGGGAACAGAAGAAUUCAGCUCGUGAAGAAGAUGAUGAUGAUGCGGUAUAAUCUGCUCAGCUGAAUGCGUUCUACUUCUGCAUGUCCUCGUCGGUUGUUAGUUACUGAAGUGAAUAUGAACAAACCCAGAUCGCCAUGGAAGAUGAUCAAUAGUUGUAGAAAUAGAGAGUAGCUGAAACCAUGCAUUUGUUCCACUCCACGUGUAUAAUUACAAAAUAUAUAUAUAAUAUACAUAAUGAGCUUCU